CCGAGUCCUAGAUUAAGCAGUUUUGAUGGAAAAAACAUAUUUGUGUUAAUCGAUGAUUAGUUACAUUUAAGAAGGCUAUUUGACAUAAAAGGAUAACACCUUAUAUUUUUGAUUUGGUAAAAAAAAAAAAAAAGCUUUGUAACAGGUACAAAAUGCUGCUGAAAAUCGAAUCCAGGGGGCAAAUUUUGCCCCUUAAAGGAAAAGUUCAUUUCUGAAUCUGCAACAGGCCCCAAUUUAGCAGUUCACUUGCUACGUAUUAAUUUUUCUAUUUAUAAUAAUCAACACAACUAAAACUAAAGUAAACUUUAAGGCGAAAGUAAAAGAUUGAUCUUGACAUUUUUAGAAUAGAUAUCAGGAUCGUUCAAACGAAGAUUACAAUUAAUUGGAAAAUCACUAUUUUCACCCUGCCCUAUUAAAAUGUUUAGUGUAUUGUAGAUAAAAAAUUAACAUUAACCAAGAAUAAAAUGCUGUAAAAGUAUUGUUCAUUUUUAGUUCAUUACGUUAACGUAUAUAACCUUAUCGAAAAGAAUGAUACCAAACUCAUUUGACUUGCUAAACCUGCUGGAACACCACAUGGUUAAUGGAGACUCUAGAGGGCGUUAUAUACACCAUAAACACUGGAUCGGAUAGAAUGACGCGCUCAGAAAGAGGAAAGAGGCAGGCCGAAAGAUGCUUUUAUGAGUCUCUACACAUUGACAUACUUCAUUAACCACGUUUCAUUGAGUCAGUGCGGACUCCACGGUACCGCCGUGAAACAACCGAGCCCUGUCUCUAAGAGCUGACGUGCUCUACAAAGGGUCAUCUUCACAAACAGUACAGCAAAACAAAGCGUUUUGCUUUGUUGGACAAGAGGUAGCAAUGUCAGGGUUGAAGAAACGGAGUUCAAAUGCGUCCGCGGACCGGGAUGAAGACGACAAGCAGGUGAUGGAGAAGAUGCUCUCCAGCAGAGGUGGAAAUGGCAACAUGAGCCGACCAGGAGACGGCACACCCGGAAGCCCAAACGCAGACAUCAGUCCUGCGGUUGGAGAAGAGACAGUCGUGCUGAAAAGAACUAUUACUCUAGUAAACGGCGUGGCCAUCAUUGUAGGCACCAUUAUCGGCUCUGGCAUCUUCGUAACCCCAACCGGAGUGGUGAAGGAAGCCGGUUCGGUCGGGCUGUCGCUGGUCGUGUGGGCUGUAUGCGGCGUCUUCUCCACUAUAGGCGCCCUGUGUUACGCCGAACUGGGGACCACCAUCACCAAGUCGGGGGGUGACUAUGCCUACAUCCUUGAGGUUUAUGGUUCCCUACCUGCGUUUCUGAAGCUGUGGAUCGAACUUCUCAUCAUCAGGCCGUCGUCGCAGUAUAUAGUCGCAUAUGUUUUCGCUACCUACCUCCUCAAGCCCAUCUUUCCCGACUGCCCGGUCCCUGAAACAGGAGCUAAACUGGUCGCCUGCCUCUGCAUCCUGUUGCUGACUGCUGUCAACUGCUACAGCGUGAAGGCUGCCACGAGGGUCCAAGAUGCCUUUGCUGCUGCUAAGCUACUGGCCCUGGGCCUCAUCAUCAUUAUUGGCUUUGUGGAGAUCGGCAAAGGUGAUACUACUGAUCUCCUGCCUGCCAAUUCAUUCAAAGGAAGCAAUACAGACUUUGGGAACAUCGGAUUGGCUCUUUAUAGUGGGCUGUUUGCCUAUGGGGGAUGGAAUUAUUUGAAUUUUGUCACAGAGGAGAUGAUCGAACCAUACAAAAAUCUGCCUCGGGCCAUCAUCAUCUCUCUCCCCAUCGUCACUAUUGUCUAUGUGCUGACCAACCUGGCCUACUUCACCACCCUCUCUCCACAGGACAUGCUUACAUCUGAGGCUGUUGCUGUGGACUUUGGAAACUACCACCUGGGGCCAAUGGCUUGGAUAAUCCCAGUGUUUGUGGGGUUGUCCUGCUUUGGCUCUGUGAAUGGCUCCCUGUUUACCUCAUCCAGGCUGUUCUUUGUGGGUUCCAGAGAAGGUCAUCUUCCCAGUUUGUUGUCGAUGAUCCACCCUGACCUUCUGACCCCUCUGCCUUCUCUUAUAUUUACUUGCAUCAUGACACUCCUCUACGCAUUCUCCAAUGACAUAUUCUCAGUCAUCAAUUUCUUCAGCUUCUUUAAUUGGCUCUGCAUCGCCAUGGCGAUUCUCGGCAUGAUGUGGUUACGCUAUAAGAAACCUGAGCUGGAACGGCCAAUUAAGGUGAAUAUCCUGCUGCCCAUUUCAUUUGUAUUGGCCUGCUUGUUCCUCAUCGUGGUUUCUAUCUGGAAAACCCCUGUUGAGUGUGCCAUUGGAUUUGGAAUCAUUGCCACGGGAGUUCCUGUGUACUUCUUUGGUGUUUGGUGGCAGACCAAGCCAAAAUGGCUGUUGCAGAUAAUUUUUUCCGCCACGGCGAUGUGCCAGAAGAUAAUGGAAGUGGUACCUCAGGAGUCCUAAAGACCAAAUGCCCCCUCCAUGCACAAACUCAAAUCUCCUCCCAUCCACCCUUACUGUAUUCCUCAACUGCCUCACCUCUUUAUGUGUGAGCCAGACGAAAGUCUUAUCCUGCUGAUGAUGAUGGCAAAAUCUGUAUUAACCAUGACAUAUGAGACCAGACAAAACAUAAGCGUCAAGACCUAAGAGGUCAUCGAUUUGGGAUAUCGAUUUUGUCAGUCUAUCCCUCAACCAAAUCUAUUAUACUGUAAACAUUUAUAUUUUGAGUAAUACAGUAUGUUUUCAAUCAGGAUUUUCAGAUUCUAUUUUAUUUUAUAUAUUUUUGGACCAUUUAAGAUAUAUGUGUCAUAUAACCACUGCAGCAUCGUUAUUGAAGUCUGCAAGUGGUAUUCUUGGUCAUCCCUUUAUUUAGGGUCUCGUUUUGCCCUGCUUUCAAAUGUGCAUAUGUUGGUGUGAUUGUUAGCUUCGUGUAUUUUGCUUUCAGCUUUUGUUUUUCGAAAUGUAUGCGAGGAAGAGCGCAUACCAAGCUGAAAGCAUCUUGCUCUUUGGAGGCGCCAUUGUCUCAACACUGUUGACGGCUAAAAUUACGAUCUUCUCUUGAAAGAAAUGUGAACAAAUUCUCAACUUGGAUCAUGACAUAAUUUCAUCAACGAACUCACACCGUUUACCAUUGGCUCUUCUACAGCAGAUAUGACCGGUUUGCUGUGCCUUUUCUGUCUGUGUAGAAAUGCAUUUUUUUUACAAUCUUGUUGAUACGACUUUAUAUUUCAACAGAUUUAUUUUUGAUAGGUUAUUGCAGCUUUUUUACACCGUUAGCAAGAAUUCCAAGGAAUUUCUCUCUUUUUUUGUCAUGGCCAUCUGAUUGGUUUCAUAAAAUUCAUUCUUUUUCCUCUUCUUAAUGUUAUUAUUAUUACUACUGUUAUUAUAGUGAAAGGCAAAGGCAUACAGUAUUCAGAAGUUCAUCAGAAUACCAAUCAAGUCCAUUAGCAAAAGCCUUGCUGCAUUAUCUUACCUCAGAAAACUUUUGUUACACUCCUAGACCUGAUUUUAUAUUUUGUAUGCCUAACUAUGAUUUUAAGGAGCGAUUGGACACUGUUGUUUUUCAAUACAAAUAUACAUAUAGAUAAAUAUACAUGAAGUACUUAGCACUGGAUUCUGGGACACUAUCCGACAAUGAAUUUUCUCAGAUUUUAUUUCAUUCCCUCAUUUUUACAAUUUGUUUUAUUUUUUUUUUAUACAAAGCACAGUCAGUUGCUUGCACGUUAUGGACCUUUUCAAGAAAAAUGUCCUUGUGUAUUAAUAAAGAUACUUGUUAUUUCUGAAAUAAAUGGCUGUAGAGUUGCGGCAUUGGUUUACUUUUUAAAACAGUUUGUUGCUGCAUAUGGCAUGCCGGUUACACCAGGAAGUUACAGCAUGUUUAUAAUGCACCUUCACAGGUAUGGUUUAAUUUACCCUAACAAAAGUUUGAGGUUUUCGUGCUUUGUCAGUUUGCGGACUGAAAAAAAAAAAAAAAAAAAAAUGGAACAUUUUGCUGUAAAAUACAUUUGUGUGCAUGACUGUGUUUUGGAUUUGGAUGGCUGCACUUGCGAGAUGAAUGCAGUAUUUUUGAGUUAAUGUAGUUUUGCUCAGUGGUUGAAUGGAUGUUUGUUCCUGUACCGAAUCAAAAUCUAUGUGAGAGAAAAUUUGUAAUUUUCUGUUUUUGUUUUUGACGGGGAAGUCUGGGUGUUACGGGGAUGUUUGAGGUUAAGAAGAUGUGGCGAUGAAGGCGAUGUUCCGUUUAAGACAAAACGGAAGUCGUGGGACACAAGGAAGAAUAAAUAACAUCACUCUUUGUUUAUUUUGAUUAUGAUUACAGAAACAAUUUCAAGGUUUCUGAUUGGAAGGAAUCAAAAAGACCUUUGCUUUUCUUUAUUGCUCUUAUGUUUUUAGUGGGUGUUUAGAUAAUGAAGCUUGUAUUAUUUAGAGAACUACAGCAGUAUGACUAACACUCCAACCAACAAAGACCAUCUUAUCUAAUUGAAAUAGUUAUAUAGAAAUGUACUUAUAAGUAUUUAUUUAUUUCUAGGGUCAGACAGUUAGUACUAUAAUUAAUUAAAAUAAAUAAAUAAAUAAAAUGGUUACUGAUAUUUUUCUUUACUCUCCUUAAUGUUUUUAUUUUUGUAUAUUUUUUCAUGUUUGUUUGUUUUUUGUUUUCCCUGAAUUAUUAUUAUUUUUUUUAACUGUAAAUGUAUUUUGUAUGUGAUGGCUUGGCUUAGUUUCCGUUGAUGCCCAUUAAUAGUUAAUCAAAUUAACUGCAGAUGAGUCUGUCCUGCACUGACUUUGACCGUGUGUGAAACCAGAUGACAUCACAGUGACUGCUAGACAAUUAUCACUAAAAUCAUUUUGAUAUUUUUAUUUCUGGGAAAACUGAUGCAUGAUACUUGAUCACCACAACUCUGGCAUUUCAAAGGUUAUUUUUGGAUUUACUUUUAAUAAAAAGGAAAAAAAAGAUUAUUCCUUAAAUAUACAGUAUGAUUGAUUCUUUUGUGUAAAUGUAUGAUGUGAUAUUUACAUUUAGUAAAAGUAAAACAAAAAUAUGUUCACAUUUCUUUCAGCAUUCCAUCUGUUUAUACACUCCAGUACAGCAACGUUAAAAUCUUUGUACUAGAACAGUUUCACAACAUUCUCUGUUACUCGCACAUAGUAUUGGCAAGCAUACAAUCCCCUCUGCUGAGGGCAGUCUCAGAAGAAACCUUUCAUGUGUGAUCACUAGAUGCUAUGUUCACUGAACAACACUCAUUGUAGUAACUGGAUUCUAAAUGGUUGUAUCCUGUUUUCAACAGUCUGUCCCAUCUCUGUGGUGUACAGUGUUUUUAGUAAUAAAAUAAAUCAAAGAAGAGA